AUGAAAUAUUAUUUUAAUAAACUUCAUUCACAAUUAUAAUAUUUUAUGCUGAUUGAAAAUUUAGCAAAUGAACUACAAUGCUCAAUUUGGUAAGGAUUGAUAAAUAUUAUAUUAGCUUAAGUUUAUUUAGUAUUCCAUUUGUAAUUCCUUGUGGACAUAGUUUUUGCCGCGAUUGCAUUCAAAAUUAUGGAAAAGCAACUAAAUCUACGAAAUGCCCGCUUUGUAAAUAGCCUUUCAAUCUAAACAAAAUAAAUCUUAACAUAUCACUUCAGGCAGUCUUGAAUGUAAUGGAUCAAGAUAAUACUAAAAUAAAAGUAGAUUAGAGUAGAAAAAAAUCUAAAUCCACUAAUUUUUUUAUAUGUACUUCGAAUUUAUCUGAUGAAUAUAAGGUACCAAAAUUAGUAAAUUAAGGAAUGUCUUGAAAGAUUUUAAAAACAAUUCAAAAUAAAAUCAAAUUCAAACAUUAAUUCUAAGAUUACACAUCUUAUUUCAGGACCUGAUAAUCCAAAUAAACCAUUCAUAGCAAGAAGAACUUUAAAAUAUUUGGAAGCAUUGGUUAGAGGGAUUUGGAUUAUUAAUAUAGAUUGGGUAAUUGAAAGUCUUAAAUGUGAUACUAUAUUAAAUGAGGAAGAUUUCGAAAUUAAAGGUGAUGAAUUUCCUACACUUACUCCUAAAAUAUCAAGAACUCGUGGUGGAAUGUAUGAUUUCCUAAGAGAUUAUGAAUUUAGUAUUGAAGUAGGAAAUAUUAAUAAAACAAUCAUUAAUCAAGAUUAUAUUGAAACUUUAAUUGAACUUUGUGGUGGUAACAUUGUAAGUUUAAAAGAGAAGACUUAAAAUACUAUUAUAAUUAAAAUAGUUUAAGAUCCUCAAAUGAAUUAUACAUGUAUCCAGUGUAUUCCUAUGAUAGUCAAUUAAAAAUGGCUAUUUGAUAGUAUUAGCAAAUUUAGUAUGCAAAAUUAUUUUGGUUAUCUAAUAAGUAAUUGAAACUAAUUAAUAAAAUUUACGUUUUUAUUGUAUUAUAAAUAUAAUUUAUAUGUUCACAGAUUUAUCGGUAUACUUAAUAGUAUCAAUAUUUUGUGUUUUAGCCAUUGCUUUAUUUCUAUUCGGGUUUUUAGGAACAGUAAACAUUAUUGAAUAGUUAUAUAGAACUUUUCAAUAAAAUAAGAGGAAGAUUAUUAGAAUUUGAUUAUAGAUUAUGGAAAUUUAUAUGAUGAAUAAGAAAUAGAUGAAUAAAAUUGGAAAUAAGAAUUACCUGCUUAUAUGGCAACAUAUUUAUAAACUAUAGAAAUCAGUUUUAAAGAGUUGUACCUGAAUUAGCUAAUUAUAACAAUAAUAACAUCAGCAGGCUUCUUAUUGAUUAUAGCCGUAUAUAUAUAGCACAACUAGUUUAGUCUUGGUUAACACCCUCGGGAACGUUUUGGGGUUUCUUUAUAAGUUUUUUGUGGGGCACAAUAAUAACAUGUAUUAUAGCCUAUAUGAUUAUUGCAGUUAAAAUAGGUACAUUACUAAAAAUUCCUAUUAAAGCUAAUAUUGGAAAGGUGAGAAUCAAUUUUAUAUUUAGGAAGAUGUUUUAAAAUGGAUUUAUGGAAAUGGAUUUUUUUCAGCAUUAUUUAUAGGUGGAAUCAUAACCUUGAAUUCCUUAUUUAUAGUAUUGAUAAUGAAGGCAAUGUCAGUUUAAUCAACAAAACCUGAAAAUUAUGCUAUUAUGGUAAGUGGUUUUCCAUUAGGAAUGUUGAUUUCUGGAAUAUAUUUUAGAGAAGGUAUGUCAGUUACAGGUAGAGGAAUUCAAGCAGCUUGUGAUUUAAUGAUUAAAAAAGAAUAAUAUUUUGGUGAUAUUGGAAAUAAUUUAUCUUAUACAACUAAAAUUGCAGCAGGAAUGUCUUCUUUAAUAGGAGAAGUUAAUUUCUUUGAUUCAAUGUUAGUAUUAUCAUUAUUUGUAUCAAUGCCAUCAAUUGUAUUAGUAAAUUCAGUUGAUUAUCAUUAUUCAGAUAAUUUUAUUGGCAAAAUAUUUGGAAUUCAAUUAGUAUUUAUUCUUAGUUGGAUUGGUUAAUUAUUAAUAUCAUUUUUAAGUCAUAUCCUUAAAAAUGAUGAUGCAGUUGCAUUCACUGCUAAUAAUGUAAGAUGUUAGAUCUUGAUGUCAAUAUUUUUAAGUUUAUGUUUUGUUAUCUUUUCUUUAUUAUCAAUACCUAAAGAAUUUGAAUUUGGAGAUAAAGAUCAUUCAUAAAUUUAUAGAGAAAAAGUAUUUAAUAGAGAUUUUAUGGGAUGUGGUUUUAUUGGAAUUGUUGUUUCUGCAAUUUUAAUCAUUUAUUAUGAAUAUCUAACAAGUCAUGGUUAUUCAGUAGCAUAAAAGGUAGCACUCAUUUCAUACAAAGCUCCUACUCUUAAUAUUAUAUAAGCAUAUUCUAUAGGAAAUAUUGGUUAAAUUGUACCUGCCCUUUUAAUUGCUUUAUCUUUAUUUAUUUCUUAUAAACUUGCAUCUUUAGUUGGAAUUCUUGGAUUAUUUUUGGGAUAUAUAUUAAAUAUUUAUAUUUUAAUGGGAAUAUCAAUGUUAGGUACACUAUCAGGUGAUGGACUCAAAUUAUCAUUUUUAGCCUAAUUUGCUAAUAAUAUUAAAGAUCGAUUGCAUUCCAUAACUUGGGCUGCUAAAAAUUAUAUUGUUUGGUUAAAAAUUACAAAUGCAGGAGCUCUUAUUAUUGCAGCUAUAUUAAUUAUUGGAACUGCUAUAUUUUUUAGUAAGACUUUUAUUUUGUUACUAAAUGGCUAUAAUCUCUUUGGUUUUUUAAUUGGAUUUGGAUUAGCCUAUUACAAUAAAGGACUUACUAUUUUUAUAGUAAAAACAAUUUGUGAGGAAGCUGUAAAAUUAAAUCAUUAAAUGUUAGCUUUAUGAUGAAAAAUCCUUUUAAUUGAGAAAAAAUAAACCAGAUGAAGAAAUAGCACUUGAAAAUUUUUCAUAUACUUAUUUUCCAUUAAAAAACAGACAAGGAAAUUAUUAUGUACUUGUCAAUCUAUUAUCAGUAUCUAUUUUUUAAAUAAAUAGUGUACUAUAGCUGUUUUGUUUACUGGAAUAAUUUUUGGUCAUGGAGCAUCUAUCUCAUUGGCUAUUUCUAAUUUAUUCAUAAAUGCUAUCAUGAUGUUCCAAUCAAUACUAACUGGAACAGUUUUGAAAAAUGCUUUCAUCUAUAAUUCAUGUAUAUUUUUAAAUAAAUAAUUUAGAUGAUUAAUAAUAAUAAGAAACAUCAUAAGUUUUGAGUGUCAAUCUAUAUGGUGAUAUUUAGGGAUAAACCAUUGAAGAAAGUUAAAACAUUUAAAAUCCAUAUUACAUGAUAUAUACCAUGUUAAUAACUUUAAUAGGUAUAGAAUUGUUCAAACAUGAUUAUUGA